AUGAAUCUACUUUCAAUGGACGAUGCUGAUGUUGACCGGAUACUUUUUAUGACACCAUCAUUAACACCACAUAUCAGCGACUCAAAUACAUCGGAUUAUUUUGAUUUAGAAUGUUCUUUUUCACAAAAAGAGUAUCAACAACAAAUGUCGCAUUUAACAACAGAAUUACAAAAAGUUGCCAAUCUUUCUUGCCAAUCAAGUGAAAAUGAAUCAGAUAUACAAGAUCAACAACCAACAGAAGCUACUGAUGAUAGUAAUGAUUCUUCCCAUAUACAAAUAACUACAGUUAAUCAUACUAUUGAUGAUUCUCUUCAUCUACAAGCAUCAGAAGAACAUGAUACUCAUACACUUUCAGUAGUACAAGAAACUGGUUUAAUCGAAGAGAGUUUUUCCUCUGUAACGUCAGAUACUGAAACAAUACUAAUGGACGAAUGUCUAGAACGACCAGUGUUUAAUUAUAGUCGUAGUCUAUGUGUAGCAUAUAAAGAUGAAGACGAUGACAUAUCAAUCAUCAAAGAAGCAUUAACAGAUAAAACACCCAUAUCAUUAGAAUUUACUGGAAUAGAAAAAAAAGAUAAUAAAAAUCUUGGACAUAUUAUGAUAAGCUAUAAUCAUUCAACGAGAGCUGUAUGUUCAAGAAUUUCUAAACAUUUGAAAGAUCGUAAUUAUAUCAUUUGGAUUGAUGAAGAUAAUAUAUCUGGUAAUAUUUUUGGAUCGAUGGCAUCAGCUGUUGAAAAUUCUUUUGUUGUUUUAAUGGCAAUUAAUGAACAAUACUAUGACAGUCGUUAUUGUCGACUAGAAGCUGAAUAUUCUGUUGAACGAAAUAAAGCAUCAAUACCUAUGUUAAUGCAAGCAGGUUAUAAAGCACAAGGAUGGCUUGGUAUAAUAAAUGGUGCUAAACUUCAUAUUGAUUUUUCUCAACUUCCAUUUGAUGAAGCAUUUAAUUUACUAGUACGAGAAAUUGAAGCUGUUCGGAGUUCGUUAGGUGCUAAUGAAAAUGAUCGAACCGUUGCAAUUCCUACAAACAAUCAGAUAACUACAACAAUGAGUAGUACAUACUUUCAUUAUCAUAAUGUCCAGGAAUGGUCUGCCGAUGAUGUUAUUGAAUGGUUAAAUCGAGAAAAACUUCAAAUUUUUGAAAAUGCGUUAAAAAAUUUUACUGGUGCAACACUAUGGCAAUUAUAUAAAAUUAAAUUUGAUUCUCCAUCAGAUUACCAUCGAAUGGUUGAUUUAUUAAUUUCUCCUACAAUGCCACUUCGAAUUUUUUAUAUUUUAACAUUCAAUUCUGCUAUUGAAACACUUUUUUCAUCAUCUUUUCAAUCCAUACAUCGAUGA